UCCGCCUCGCUCCCCCAACCCCCCCUCCCCGCCGUCCAUGCAGAGAGCUAGGAAGGUGCAGAGGGGACCGCCGCCAUGAGCAAGCGCAAGGCGCCGCAGGAGAACCCCAACCAGGCCAUCACCGACCUCCUCAGCGAAUUGGCCAACUAUGAAAAGAAUGUGAACAGAGCUAUUCAUAAAUACAAUGCUUACAGGAAAGCAGCAUCUGCAAUAUCCAAAUACCCUAGCAAGAUUAAAAGUGGGUCUGAAGCAAAGAAAUUGGAUGGCGUAGGUACUAAAAUUGCUGAAAAGAUCGAUGAAUUUUUAUCUACUGGAAAAUUACGUAAGAUAGAAAAGAUUCGACAAGAUGACACAAGCUCAUCUAUCAAUUUACUGACCAGAGUUAGUGGCAUUGGUCCUGCUGCUGCCAGGAAACUAGUAGAUGAAGGUAUUAAAACAUUGGAAGACUUAAAGAAAAAUGAAAAUAAAUUGAAUCAUCAUCAACGCAUUGGAUUAAAAUACUUCAAAGACUUUGAAAAAAGAAUUCCUAGGAAGGAGAUGCUUGAAAUGCAGGACAUUGUACUGAGUGAAGUGAAGAAAGUAGACCCUGCCUACAUCGCUACAGUUUGUGGCAGUUUUCGCCGAGGUGCAGAAUCCAGUGGAGAUAUGGAUAUCCUGCUGACCCACCCAGACUUCACUUCAGAAUCUACCAAAAAGCCAAAGCUUCUGCAUCAAGUGGUGGAGCAGCUGGAAAGCAUUCACUUUGUUACGGACACACUCUCAAAGGGGGAAACAAAAUUCAUGGGUGUAUGUCAGCUCCCAAGUAAAGAUGAUGACACCGUCUGUCCUUACAGGAGAAUUGAUGUCCGGUUGAUUCCCAAGGAUCAGUAUUACUGUGGAGUCCUCUACUUCACCGGAAGUGACCUCUUCAAUAAGAACAUGAGAACCCAUGCCUUGGAGAAGGGCUUCACCCUUAAUGAGUACACGAUCCGGCCUCUCGGCGUCACUGGAGUUGCGGGGGAGCCACUCCCUGUGGACAGCGAGAAGGACGUCUUUGACUACAUCCAGUGGCCGUAUCGGGAGCCCAAAGAGCGGAGUGAAUAGCCUGGCCCCCACCAGGCCCUGGAAGGAGCUUUCCCAAGCAGAGCUGGAAGCUGUCCUGGGAUUAGACUUGAUUGCUCCGUCCUGUAGUAGAAAAUAGGGGGGGAAGAGGGGGGCACGGCAACAUAGGUUUUUUUUUUUAACCUGUUUUAAGUGUGCAAGUCAAACAUUCACCGUAACCAAUAAACGGAAAACACUACUGGCUUGAUUUAAAAAAGAA